CUUUAUUUUCUGCGAGAAAAAAUAUUCCGGAUGGUUGGGCAUUGUUUCAUUUCCAGGUCCGUGAGUGCGCAAAUGACAUCAAUGUGUUUAUCAGCUGAUUUUGUUAAGGAGAAUGUUCAAUAAUAUCGGCGGGGGACCGCCAUCUUGGACUUCCAGCUCUAGCGGGUUGCCAGAUCGUAACAAAAUUAACGAGGCUGCAGCUGUCAACAAUAGCAUGGACAAUGUAAACCUACAGAGUCUGGACCCAAGAAAGCAAGAAUUGUUGGAAGCCAGGUUCUAUGGAAGUAGGUUUCAGCCUCUGAACAUUGCACCACAGCAGGACAACAGCAACCUUAGCGCUGGCUCAGCAGAGAGGGAUGACGAGCUUUCUGGAGUGGUCCACACACCAGAGAAGCAUGCUCGGACUCCAUCAGAGAGGAAGAGGAAGCGAAAGGCCACCAGUGAAGGCACUGAAAGCAAUACUCCAAAGUCCAACCGACCAGAAGCCAAUGGAAAGAAAAUCAAUGAAUAUUUCAAGCAGAACCAGUCACCUAGUCGUAGUGCCAACAGUCAAUCGGCCGGGACCAAGUCGCCCUCGCCCCAGGGGAUGAGCUACAGUUAUACUGCCCCCUCCCCCAGUAAUCACAGCAAUUCUGACAGUGUUGGCUACCCUCCUGUACCUCUCUACCAUUGUAACAAGACAAUACAGACGGACUUGAACCUACAACAGAUAGUUGUCCUUGAAAACAAGUCAUCAACACACAUAGAACAGAAGGAUAGCAAAAUAGACGACCUGCUACGGCAAAAUGAUGAAUUACGGCGACAAUUAACGGCACAGCAGAAGCUUAUAGAAAAGCAUAAAGAAAACUUACAGAAAUGUCUCAAUGUUAACAAGUCAUUAUUAAUAGAAAAGAGUAAGCUGGAGAAAAAGACAACGAGACAGAAAUGUAUGGGGGACCGUCUGAGACUGGGCCAGUUUGUCACACAGAGACAGGGUGCUACGUUUGUGGAGAACUGGGUCGAUGGAUGGGCCUUUACAGAUCUGAUGAAACAACAAGAACGAAUAUCAUCAGAUAGAGAAGAAAUAGAAAAACAAAGAAAACUUCUAACAAAGAAGAAACCAACCCCAACUGUGAUGAAAAACUCCAAACAUGACGCUUUCCUCAAGCCAGGUGGAGAUAAACCAAUGACGCUGGCAGAGUUCUAUGAACAGGAUGAGAUUUUAAAGUUGCGUCAAGCAAGCCUCAAAAAGGAGGAUGCAGAUCUCCAAUUAGAACUAGAAAAAUUAGAAAGGGAGCGGAACCUACAUAUACGAGAACUGAAACGAAUACAUAAUGAGGACAACUCUAGGUUCAAAGAGCACCCAACACUACAUGACAGAUAUCUUCUGCUGUGUUUAUUAGGCAAAGGCGGUUUCAGUGAAGUUCAUAAGGGUUUUGACCUAAAAGAACAGAGAUAUGUUGCGUGCAAGAUCCAUCAGUUGAACAGAGAGUGGAAAGAUGACAAAAAAGCCAAUUAUAUUAAACAUGCUUUAAGAGAGUAUAAUAUCCACAAAAGUUUAUUUUUUUCAGAAUAUGCUUAUAUUAAUGUGUUUGAAAUAGACAAUAAUUCAUUUUGUACAGUGUUAGAGUAUUGUGAAGGGAACGAUUUGGACUUCUACCUGAAGCAAAACAAAUCCAUUCCGGAGAAGGAGGCACGUUCCAUAAUCUCCCAGACCGUUAGUGCUCUACGCUACCUGAAUGAGAUAAAGCCACCUGUGAUUCAUUAUGACCUAAAACCAGGCAACAUACUGCUUGGUAGUGGGUCUGUCAGUGGUGAGAUCAAGAUCACGGAUUUUGGUCUCAGCAAAGUGAUGGACGACGACAAUCUGACACCAGACGGCAUGGACCUAACAUCCCAAGGCGCCGGCACGUACUGGUACUUGCCCCCAGAAUGCUUCGUCGUUGGUUCCAACCCGCCCAAAAUUUCUUCCAAAGUGGAUGUCUGGUCAGUAGGAGUGAUAUUUUAUCAAUGUCUUUACGGCAAAAAGCCAUUUGGACACAAUUUAUCUCAAGCUGCCAUACUAGAAGAAAACACUAUUCUGAAGGCUACUGAGGUGGAGUUUCCAGCCAAACCUCAGAUUAGUAAUGAGGCUAAGAGUUUCAUCAGACAGUGUUUGCAGUACAAAAAGGAACAUCGGCCAGAUGUUCUACUGUUGGCUCACCAAGAUUAUCUGCGGCCUGCCCCACUGAAAUCCAAAGGACAUUCAGGUGAUAGUGGUUUGGGGUCCGGAUCCAAUAGUGUUGUACAGGCGUCAUUGUCGCUCAACCAACCAUCCAGCUUUACAUUUGGGGACAGAACAUGACAACAGUGUGUUGAACAUUGACCCAAGGGAGAUAACCUCCCACAACAAUUCCAUGUGCUGGCCAAGCCUGGACGACUGUGUAUGGGGCUUGCCCCAUGUAGUCAUGUUACCGUCGCAAAGUUGUCUGGAUAUAGGGCAGACAGACAGGCAGGCGCAAUGCCAGGUCCCAAGGGAGCCUCCGGCAGACCUCACUUACACAAGAUUCAUCUGACUUGGUGAUAGUUCCUCGUCUUAACAGAGCUUGUGUGAAGAACUGCAUUAGAUUGGUGGAGUUGCUCCCACCAUUGUUUGUUGCCAACUUUUUUUAUUCAAUAAGAUGGCAUGAUAUUUAUGUUAUAAAAAUAACUACAUUGGUGUCAUCCGUUGGCUGUGAAAUAACCUGUGGAAUCAUGGUCAUGCAUUCAGCAUUUAGCAUAACAGAAUAUGGUCAGAUCUCUUCUCAAGACUAGUUGUGUUGGUAGGGAAUUGCCAGUGCAAAAAGAAAACAAAGAACAAAAAAACAAAAACAAAACCAGAUAAUUAAACAGAGUUCUAAAAACAUGGAUGACAUUUUUUUUAGCUCUGACAGAAAAAGAGAGAUUAAAAAUUUUAAAAAAUUUGAUAGAACUAUUGUUCAUUAAAAACACUGAUCUCACAAACUGCAUUAGACCUAAGGUCAACGUAUGUAUAGAUAACAGAAUUAAAUGGGAGUUAUGCAUGUUAAAUGUGGUUGUUGAUUGGUCAGGACAAAGUGUAUUGCCUGUUUUAUUGUUAAAACAUUUUUUCUCGAAGGAAAAGGUUUGUUUUUGAAAAACAGAAAUUUCAAAAAAUUGCAUGUAGGGUUUCAUCCUUUUUUUUUUUUUGUAUUUAAAAAUACAGGAAAUUUGAUUUUUAAUAUCUUGGCAAUGAAUUAACAAGAUAAUUUGACAAGUUCAAAUUCUACUGCCUGAAUACCUACACAUAGCUGUUUUCUGAAUACAGCUUAUAUCCAUGUUCUUUGUCCAGAGAAAAGCUGACAUUUGCUCUACACAAUCUGUCUUGAGAGAAUUUCUAGCCAUAUUCUUAUUUAAAAUUUGUGUUUUACACACAUUGUGGAAAGAGAGCAGAGUUGAGAACUCUAAGGUAUGCAUGAGGUUUACGUGUAAUAGGAGUUUUAGUCAUGAAGGAGAAACUGCUAUACAUAUAUAUACACAUACUUGCACUUGCGAAAAUAAGAUAUGGUUAAUAUCAAUGAAGAAUUUGACUACAACAAGUCUUGUUGUACAAGUUGUACCAAUUCUGUCAGGAGUUAGUUAUAUCCAGGAUGGUUUGUUCAGAAGCAGAUUGCCAACUUUGCACACAUUUUUUGUCUUCUCUGCACAACUUUAGCCAUGUGUUUUCUGAAAUCUUUUGCUGGAAAAGCAAAUUCUGUCAUUCCAUAAUCCUGUAAUGAGUCUCGUUAGAGGAUAUAUUUUCAACUGUGUAAAAUACAGUUGGAAAUUGAUUGAAACUUUGAAAAUGGUCUCCAAUUCUUUGUCGUCCUUCAGAUGUUGAAAACAGCAAAUGUUUUAUUUCUUUUGAGAUAUUGGUGAAACAACUUGUUACUAAUAUUUGCAGUUUUUUCAAUGACAGUCUUGAAAUAUCUAAAAGUAAAAACAAAAAAUCAAUUUAUUUGUCGCAAAAUUAAAACUCACCAUUUACAAAUUGCAUCACAUUAUUUUUAUAUUUGCAGGCAAAAUUAAAAAGAUUCACUAGAUUUCAAUCCAGGUCUUAAUAAUUCUGUGAUAGUUCUUUGUCCUGUGGCUUUGAAAAUCUGAUGCAAAUUAUCUUAGCAUCCACACCUGCACAAACCAUCCAACUAACUUCUGAAUGUCGCACAAGACUGCUGAAUGUACAAAGUGUUUGCUGUAUGGUGUGUUAUUGUUUUGGUUGGAGUGCAUGUGUGAAAAGUUUUAGCGAGUGCCAGUUCUCUUAGCUAAAAUCCUGUACAGUGUUAUUGUGUGUGUCCGCGUGUGUGCGUUUUUGUAUGCAACUCGCCUGUCCAAGGGGAUUCCAAAUCUAUCUUGUAUAAAUUAAUCAUGUAUAUAUCAAUUUUGUGUUGACCUCAUCGGAUUGAUUGGUCCACGUGUUCAAAUUACAUUUCUGUUUUUCGGGAAAAAGAAAAGGAAUCAAAUAUUAUGAAUAAGAAAAUUGAAUGAGUCAGGUUUACAGAUUUUUUUUGACAUACUGAGGAAUGAAAUAUGUCACAGUUCAUAUUCACAGAUUAUGAUUUACAGAUAUUUUGUAGUUAUUCGGAGGAUUGGUUUUGAAGCAUUUUCUCGUAUUUGACUUUUCCAGUGAGCUGUUAUUUCAAAUAGUUUAGAUUUAGAAUCAGAUUUCAAAAGAAUGCUUAAUAAAUGAUGCACACAUUUAGGUUAAAAACUGGUUUGAUUUUGGAAAAUUCAUUGCAGUUUUCUUGAGAUUGACGAAACUUGUGAUACUUGCAUUUUGGCAUUUUGAAUAAGUGAUUUUAUUUUUUUGUUUACAUCAAAUCUUAAGCUGUUCGACAGUUCUUUAUAUAAUAUGGAAGCAACUUUUCCUGAACAUUUGUUAUUCAUAACAGAGUUUACAUGUAAGAUGAUCAUUUUCAAUCCUCACUUCAGAAAUAAAGAUUUUUUCCUAAUUAUGAGAAAUUGUUUAGGAAAAAAGAAAAACAAAAAAUUGAGAGAGAGAAUUUAAGAUAGGAAAUUAUUUAAAUUGAUGAGCGUAAUGCUGGCCCAAGUCCUUAUGUAAUUGUUGUUGAUAAGUGCAACACACUCUUGUUACAAUGAACAGUUUUUCUAGGGGGAAAUUCUAUUGCUCUUGCACCACCUAUCUAGAAAACUACACUUGAGAUAUUUAUAUUGUAGUCGAGUUAAAAAUCCCUGUCUCAUUCCUAGAUGAUUGUGAUAUUCUGAAAUGUAACUUUGACUGAUUAAGAAGGGAAAGAUAAUGCUGGAUACAGGUGUUUUAAUUAAUGUUAAUUUUUUUUUUAUAUACUACUUUUAAAAUACACUUGUUUGGAGAAUGCUAUGAUAUGGAAUAUUAUCCCAUUUUUAGACGAAUAAAUUUCUGUUUAGAAAAUUAUUUGAAUGUUAUAAUAUUUUUUAAAAAUCAUGAAAUCUGUUCAUGUUUUAUUGAAGUUAGUCUUUUAUCUUUAAAUAGCUGUCAUGA